GCGUUCGUUUAGACUCAGUUUCUUAGCAACAGUCGUGGAGUUGGCGCUGUGGAUGCAACGCGCAUGCGUAAACCCCGAACGGAACGGCAGUGUGGGGACGAGGAGGAGAUUCAGAGGCGUCUACGAAGAAGGUAGUAGAAUUACAUCCCUCCACUCCACUGAUGUCACUGCUGGGAAGUGCAACGAUAAACCAGGGCCGCCAUAUUGGGCUCCAGCAACUGGAGGCCAUGGCAGCUGCAGCUCAUACAUUUUUGGGCCCCAGUAAGCGCUACAAAAUGAUCCAAGACGAGGCGAGUGGCGAGGCGGUGCUGGUCUGCUCCUGUUAUCGUCUGCUGGAGCAGCUGGAGCUCAGUGGCUCUGUGGCUCAGCUUCUGCGUGAGACCAUUCGUGCUCAUUGGGGGACAAUGCGUUCAGGCACGGCCUCGCUGCUUUUCCUGGCUGGCGUCUGGAGCAGGGUGGCACUGGAAUGUCUUCACCAAGGCAUUUCCAUUCGGCACAUAGUGGCCGGCAUGUCAAAGGGGUUGCAAGUGUGUCUAGAAGCCUGUAAGCGGAGUGCUGUGAAUGUGGAGUCAGUUGUUUGUAAGGCUGAUUUACAGAAACAGCGACUGAGGGGGAAAUCACAGGGUGGCGGAGACUGUAUGAAUACUGAGGAUGGCUUACUUUCCGAGCUUUCACUGAAUAUAGGAGUGAGGGAAUUAGCUCAGGAUGGUGCUAAAACCAUAAAUAGUGUCCUUACACUUUCUUUCCUCAAAGAUCAAUAUCCUUUAAAGCACAAUUUAAAACUCAAGCACAGCAGGCACUUUAAUUCUAACCAUAUCACAGAGGAUGGGAGGACACACACAAGGUUUGACAUCGCUCAUCUGGCUGAAGCCGUCCAUCACGGAUGUGAGACGACCAUGAGUUUAGUGAUCGAAGCUAGUAGGAUUCAGUGUGGAUACAGCCGUGAAAAUCAGUGCCGCAAAGCACUAGACGUCGAUAAACUGGUUACAUGCCUGUUGCCAGGAUUGUCUGAGGAGCACUCGAGUGUACUCCAUGGGUAUGUUGUAUUGUUGUCUACAGAACAGGCAUUGCUAGUCAAGGGUUUAGAAGAACGGACAUUAAAGAUCAGCCUGGUUCAUGGUGACCUGAGUGAGAAACACCGUCACGUAGGUUUCAGCAGGCCUAAAAAUGUCACAUACAUUAGCGAUUGCUCUGAUUUAACAGGAAUCAGCCGGGAGGAGGAAUGGAUGGAUGAGGCACUAAGAAUACUUCUAAACCUCAAGGUAAACAUUGUUCUUGUGAGUGGAGGUGUCAGUGAGCAGCUGAAAGAUCACUGCCUCCAUCAACACAUCCUCAUUAUUGAGCAUGUACGAGUGUCCAUUUUGAAUGACUUUGCUGCAGUUACGGGUGCUCUUCCAGUCUCGUACAUCACACAGCUCAGCGAGCGAUGCGUUGGUUCCGGAGUCUGUGUGAAAACACUCCGAGAGUAUCGCAAUGAAGGAACAGAAUGGACUUUGGUGAGUGUUGUUACUGAUGGCACAGCUCUGGUCACGGCGCUCAUCGCAGGCUCCGUUCAUGCUAAACUCCAGAGCAUGGAGGAUCAGUUUUGGAGCUGUGCUUAUCGUGUGCACCAUGCACUUAAUGACGGAAAACUGCUGCCUGGAGCCGGAACUGCAGAACUGAUCUGCAUCCAUCAGCUCCAAAAUCACGGGAAUAUAUCAGAGGAGAGAGGAGACAAGUUUGAUGCAGCCAGAGCAGUAGCGCCAUAUGAGCAGGUAAUUCUGCGGCUGAUGGCAGAAGGCUGGAUGGAUUAUGUGUCAACACUGAUGGUGAACACUGGCCAUGUCAAGUCCAAAACACAGGCAUGGACAUGUAUAGCUCAGCAUAUAAAGCAGUGGGAGAACAGAGUGCCUUGGAGUAAUGAGAUGCCAGAAACUCUUCUGAAAAUGGAGAAUUAUUCAGAAAUAAUGCAGAGAGGGGGAGAAAGUGAGGAGGAGGAGGAGGGGAUGCUAGAAAGAGAAAGAGUAAAAAUGGGAGUGUAUGAUAAUAUGACAGUGAAGUUCGAGGUUUGGAGAAGAGCUCUGGAUCUGGUGUUUUUGAUUCUUCAGACAGACACUGAAAUUGUCACAGGAAUAAGUAACAGAGAAGGACAAUACAGCGAUUUUGUAAUUCUUUAAUAUGCUAUUAAUAUGCUAUAUGAUAUUUAAUAUCAGUUAAGCUCAGUUACACCUCGCAUUGCUUUAAUAACGUCCCCAAUCCUGUCAGGUAAAGACGCCAUCAGUGGCUUUUCACGUGAGACUGUCAGUUUCACUCGUCCACUGCAUUUCAGCUCAUUUGUUGUUUCAAGGUCAGUGUGUCUCAGUGUUCCAUCUGGCUUGUUGAACAAGUCAGGCACAGAUUUUGGCCCUAUGUACCCUACAGUUGUUAACCUGGGAGUGUCAGUGUUGUUCUGCUCGGACAUGAGGCACAAAACAGGGCCAACAACUGACAACUAUCCGGUUUUAUGAAAUUUGUCUAGAUGUGCAGCCUAUUGGCAAUGUACAGUACCUGUAUGGUGCUACUAUAGACUUUUUUUGUUUUGAGACCGUAUUUUUUAUUUCUUUGUUUCUUUCUCAAAGAACUCUAAAUAAAAUGUACUUCUUGUAUCAUUAUGUCUGUAGGUACGUUAAUUACAGCAUGGAAAAGCUAUCCAUUAACUACAACGUCAACUAAACCAUCUGAUUAUCACAACAUCUGAUUAAAACCAUACAGCCUAAACACAAAUGACCUCAUGUAAGUGACCUCAGUUAACUAUUUCUUUGUACAGUGGCUGAUUACAAGUUAAAUAUUCACACAACAAAACGAAACACGAAUCAUAAAACAUUGUGCCUUUGAGUUUUAUGACAGUUGCUCAAUAUAUAAACAGCAUAUAAGACAGCCAUAACACAUCCCCACAGCAACGGUCCAAAAUCUAGUCCAGAAGAGUGGAGGUUAUUAUAACAGCAAAGGGGGACUAAAUCUGAGACGGGAUGUUCAGCAAGCACAUAUGGGUGUGAUGGUCAGGACUUCUCAAACAUUUGGCCAUAUAGUGUACUUUUUAUACAGUUACAUGUACUUUAUUUAUUUGAAUCUUGAAUUGUAUUGAAUCUUCACAGUGAAGUGUGGAAGGAAAUGUGCAACAAGACAAUGACACAAAGCAAAAGCAACAGUGUGAAUGUGUGUGCCUGGUGCCCUGCGAUGAACUAGAGUCUCAUCCAGUGUGUAUUCUAAAGAUGAUUGUGUAAUUCAUGAUCUGUGAUGAAAUCAGGCUCACUGUAGACUGUUUUCAUUGUGCAGCUAUUUUAAUCAGAAAAAAAGAAGAAACGAGUCUGGCAUGUCCACAGUGCUUUAGUGUUUCCUUUCUCUCAUACACACACUCAUACACAAAUAACAUCACUGCUAUGAAUGAUGCUUGAAUAAUGUUGUGUGUGUGUGUGUGUGCAUUCAGCAUGAGUGACUAUUACCAGUGUUUAUAAGAGUGGAGUGUUUUAUCACUUACCACCACUGAGAGGAGCAGUUUUCUCAUCCUGCACAAAGCUGUUACAUCACACUGCACAGGUCACAGACAGUAAUAAUGCGUACAUAGGGAUCAGAUUCAGUCUCAAAUACACCAUCACAGUUGAUUUGAUUUUAAAAGCUGAUUUUAAAUCGUGGUUGUAACUCAUUAUAUUCUAGUUCACUGAUUACAAUCCCUAUCUCAUCAAUGUGUAAACCUGUUAAAGAAAACUGAAUGUCAACAGAGUCACAGAUCUGCUUAAACAGCAUAUUCUGUAUCAAAGUUCACAUUUCAGGUGCUGUCAAUAUGUUAUCACCAUGUUCUUCACAACAUUCUGUGCAACCAAAUUAACUCUCUUCUUCUAAGAUAUGUAAUUGACUUAAACCGUGUAUGUGUGUAUGUACAUGUAUAUGUAUGUGUAUAUAUAUAUAUACACUAUAUUACCAAAAGUAUUCGGUCACCCAUCCAAAUGAUCAGAAUCAGGUGUCCUAAUCACUUGGCCUGGCCACAGGUGUAUAAAAUCAAGCACUUAGGCAUGCAGACUGUUUUUACAAACAUUUGUGAAAGAAUGGGCCGCUCUCAGCAGCUCAGUGAAUUCCAGCGUGGAACUGUCAUAGGAUGCCACCUGUGCAACAAAUCCAGUCGUGAAAUUUCCUCGCUCCUAAAUAUUCCACAGUCAACUGUCAGCUUUAUCAUAACAAAAUGGAAGAGUUUGGGAACAACAGCAACUCAGCCACGAAGUGGUAGGCCACGUAAACUGACGGAGAGGGGUCAGCGGAUGCUGAAGCGCAUAGUGCAAAGAGGUCGUC